GGUAUAAAUACGAAACCAAUUAAAAAAAAACGAAAGGAAAUGAAGAUAUCCACAGAAAAACACGUCAGCAUUGUUUACUAGAAAACAAACCCUAACCUUUCUCCUUCUUCAUCCCCAUCAUCACACCCUACCAUCAAAAUCCCAACCUGAAACGGUAAAAUUUUCCCCGAUUCCCUAACCCUAACCCUAAUUUCCCAGCUUCGAAAAUGCUCCUCUAAUACCUAAUUUUAAUCUCACAUUGUUCCUCACCAGCCCCGCCAUACCCACCGUACAAUUGCAAACGACUCAAAAGAAACCUCCCCCGGGAAAUCACAAAUUUGGGAAUGUCUCAAGACGCGGCAGCGGCAACAGCAUCCGGCUCUGCUCCGGCUACGGCUACGGCUUCGGCUUCGACGACAGCUGCCGCAGCGGGGGUGAAUCGAAGAGCCGAGCCUCAAAUUCUGGGAAUCACGGCUUCAGGCACUCCUCCGGUGACUGAAUUGAGGAAUGUGAAUGCCAACAGCGCCAGCAGGAUUGAUCGGGGCAACCGGAAUGGUAACGGAGCGCUAAUGCCGCCACCUCCACCGCCAUCGCAGCUAUACCCUGUUUACAAUAAUACCCAACGGUUGCGGCUGAACCCUGUCGCCGAUCACCAGCCGGAUAAUUACGAGGACUUGCCAUUGGAGUUCAGUCCUUUGCUUUUUAGCUCCUUGGAAAGGUAUCUGCCUCCAUCUCUCCUGAAUUCGUCUCGAGAGGCCAAAGUUAAUUACAUGCGUGAGAUCCUCCAGCGGUACUCCACCGACUCUGACCGUACCCGUGUUCAGAAACACCGGGAAUACAGGCAAAAGAUUAUAUCAAACUAUCAGCCACUCCACAGGGAUCUGUACACCAUGCAUGCGACGAAUUUCUUUGUUCCUUCAUUUCUGAAUGCUGUGAGUGAGAACACAGAGCAGAGUUUUAGAAAUAUAAUGCGUGAACCAUCUCCUGGAAUUUUUGCAUUUGAAAUGCUGCAGCCUCGCUUUUGUGAAAUGUUGUUGGCCGAGGUAGAAAAUUUCGAGAAGUGGGUACAUGAAACGAAAUUUAGAAUCAUGCGGCCCAAUACUAUGAACAGGUAUGGUGCUGUUCUUGAUGACUUUGGACUGGAAACGAUGCUUGACAAACUGAUGGAAGAAUUUGUACGCCCAAUGUCGAGAGUGUUCUUUCCUGAAGUUGGCGGGUCCUCACUUGAUACACAUCAUGGAUUUGUGGUUGAGUAUGGAAUGGAAAGAGAUGUUGAUCUGGGUUUUCAUGUGGAUGACUCAGAAGUUACGCUGAAUGUAUGCUUGGGAAAACAAUUCAGCGGUGGAGAAUUGUUCUUCCGUGGUGUAAGGUGUGAAAAACAUGUGAACACUGAAACCCAGCCUCAUGAAUCCUUUGAUUACUCACAUGUCCCGGGGUGUGCUAUUCUUCAUCGUGGCCGCCAUCGACAUGGUGCCCGAGCGACAACAUCUGGGAACCGCAUUAAUUUAUUGCUCUGGUGUAGAAGUUCCACAUUCAGAGAGCUGAGGAAGUACCAUAAGGAUUGCUCAUCUUGGUGUGCUGAGUGUCAAAAAGAGAAGAGGGAGAGGCAGCGUUUGUCUGUUCAAGCCACUAGAUUGGAGCUUCUUAGAAGAGAGGCACGAGAAACAGCUGCUUGACGGCAUGUCAUAAGUUCUCCAUAUACUGAGGGAAAGAGAGAAGUUGCUUCUGAGCUGUGCAGUACUUUUUCUUGUUAUCCUGUAUGUCUGUAAUUUAUAGCUCAGGUCAUCCUCAUUACAGAAGCAAUUUCAUGCUGAUAGUUGUGUAGAGAAGCUGAAGAUGCAUGUACUCGACCCUUUUGUUAGGAUGGUAGUUGUACAUUUAAAUUAAGUAGGUGAUAUAAGGUGCAUUGAAGAUGGGCUUAUUGUUUAACUUGCAUUUUGUGUUACCAUUUAGACUCUGAAUUGUGAAUGAAGCUAUCCUGCUUGAAAGAGUGCUAUUGAAGUUUCAGGUUGCAUGUCUUCAAGUGUUGCACGGGCUGCCUGCUUCGGCAAGUGCGUUUUGCAACCUGACAUAGUUUGCAAACCCUGUGAUACCUCACACAUCUCUGCAGGAGCAGGACCUGUUGGCAAAAAUUCUUGCAUGAGUAAAUUCUUGCAUGUAUACGUUAUGCGCUGCAUUUUUGCAAGCCAUGAUUCUUACUUGUAGUUUUAUGGUAAGAAUUUUGGCCAACAGGCCCUGCAUUUGCAAAACCACCUGUGGAGCAAAACGUUUUUUCUUUUCGUAUAGCAAGUUUGAUGAAUUUUAUGGCGAGUCAAAGGUUUUGUACGUUUGAUUGUGGCCAACUUGUGUCCUCAUGCAUGAUUGCAAGUAAGGGGUUAAGGUGAUUGUAAUAGUAAAUCUUUAAUGAAUGCUACGAGUUUUAGCUGGUAAAAUUGAUGGUUCAUUUCAAUUUUCAAUGUUAACAACAAUAAUGCAUUUGUACACCAUAGUUGAAAACCAAGAAAUCUAUCCACAUCG